UUCGAACACACAGCAGCGGGCAGCCAUGGAUGAUGAUACCAUUUUUCCUUCAGAUACCGAUCUAGACUUCAGCUUCACCAGCUCUACUUCCAAUACCUCCACCGAUUGCCGCACCUACACCUCAUCUAGUGCUCGUAGCAGUCUCACCCUCAGCUUCAACGAUUCUCGCCUCUCCACCACCUCCAACACCGGAGCACGACCGGCCAACUACAGUUCUAACCCACAUUGGUCUGCUAUCAACGCGGCCACCAACCUCUCCUCCGACGGCUCCUUGCACCUACGCCACCUCAAGCUCAUCCGCCACAUCGGCACCGGCAACCUUGGCCGUGUCUUCCUCUGCCGUCUUAAGGACUCGUACGAUGGCGUUAACUUCGCCCUCAAGGUCGUCGACAAAGAUGCCCUUACACCCAAGAAGCUCUCUCACGUGCAGAUGGAAUCCCAAGUUCUCUCCAUCGUCGAUCACCCUUUCCUUCCAACUCUCUACGCGCAUCUCGAGGUUUCACAUUACUCUUGUUUGCUGAUGGAUUACUGCCCUGGUGGGGACCUCCACGCCUUACUCCGUAAACAACCGGAGAAUCGUUUCCGAGUUAACACGGUUAGGUUUUUUGCUGCGGAGAUUCUGGUGGCGUUGGAAUAUCUACACGCGCAGGGAGUGGUUUACCGAGAUCUGAAGCCAGAGAACGUUUUGAUUAGAGAUGAUGGGCACAUAAUGUUGUCGGACUUUGACUUGUGUUUCAAUGCCGAUGUGGUCCCCACCAUCGAAACCACCACGUCAGUGUUUGUUGGGUCAACCAAGUUUAAGAGGAAAAAGAGCCGUUAUCCGGGUUACUGUUACGGAUGUUUCCGAGGGAAGCGGCGCCGCUGGAGAAUGGAGGAGGAGCAGAAAGUGGAACUGAAGAGAGAGUUUGUGGCGGAGCCCACGGCGGCGUUCUCGAAAUCGUGCGUGGGAACACACGAAUAUCUCGCGCCGGAAUUGGUGAGUGGUAACGGUCACGGUAACGGAGUCGACUGGUGGGCCUUUGGGGUGUUCGUGCACGAGCUAUUGUACGGGCAGACGCCGUUUAAGGGUGCUACUAAAGAGGCUACACUGCGCAAUAUAGCGUCGUCCAGGCCAUUUAGGUCCACGCCGGAGAGUGACGCGACGGUGGUAAGGGUUGGGGAGGAAGGGGAAGAGGAGGCCAGAGAUCUUAUACAGAGGUUGCUAGUGAAGGACCCGAGAGGGAGGCUAGGGUGCGCCAAGGGUGCCACUGAUAUCAAGAAGCACCAUUUCUUCGAUGGGAUUAAGUGGCCAUUGAUACGCACGUAUAGACCACCAGAGGAGGUUCGUGGUUUGCUAGGGUUGAGAAGGAAAUCGACGCAUGUGAGUAGUAGGGUUUCUGCAACUUCUUCUUCAUCUUCAUCUUCCUCGUCAAGGAGAAAACGUUGGUCGACUUGGAGUUGGAAGGGUUUGGGAGAUUUUCUGGGGUCGAAGAGGGUUUCCAAAAUGACUUAA